AUGAACAUUGUUCCACGAUAUUUACUUACGGUGGUAAUAUCUAUAUAUCUUUUGUUACAGAAAACAACACGCAGUUGGAUUGAAAGCACGUUUCAGAAGCGCGAUUGUAAAUGCUACGUUCCCAGCGCUAAGGAUGAGCAUGUAUGUUGGUGUGGUCUCAGCAAAACAGCUCAUGGAACAAACGUGCCCACCGCGUUGCCAGGAGAGGCUUGGGUUCCUACCCGACACACUCAAGCGGCUCCCACAGAUGCAUAUGGUACUGUGGAGUUCCAGGGAGGGCCGCAUCCUACUAAAGCUCAGUACGUGCGGCUCUCUCACGACACUCGACCUGACCUCAUAGUCCAACUACUAACAAGAGAAUGGGCUCUAGAUAGACCAAAGCUGCUUAUAACCAUUCAAGGAGGAAAAGCUAAUUUCGAUCUGCAACCUAAGCUGAAGAAAGUGCUAAGAAAAGGUCUACUAAAAGCUGCAAAGACUACUGGAGCUUGGAUAUUUACUGGAGGGACCAAUACCGGUGUAACAAGGCAAGUUGGAGACGCGCUACAACUAGAGCGGUCCCAGCGAGCGGGCAGGGUUGUCAGUAUAGGUAUAGCGCCGUGGGGCAUCGUAGAGGGCGCCAGUGAACUUAUAGGGAGGGGGAGGGACGUACCCUACCAUGCGAUUGCUUCACCAAGAUCAAAGCUAGCGGUACUCAACAACCGACACGCGUACUUCCUCCUGGUGGACAAUGGGUCGGUCGGUCGGUACGGUGCGGAAAUAGUGCUGCGGCGGAAACUGGAAAAGUAUAUUGCCGCGCAAAAACUACACCCUUACACUCAUUCGUCAACGCCAGUCGUCUGUCUCGUGAUAGAAGGCGGCACUAACACGGUGCGCGCCGUGCUCGAGUACGUGACGGACACGCCACCUGUGCCCGUCGUCGUGUGUGACGGCAGCGGCAGGGCGGCUGACUUAAUAGCUUUUGUACACAAGUACGCAACGGAAAGUGGAGAGCAGACGGUUUUAGAGUCGAUGCGAGAUUAUCUAAUCGGCACCAUUCAAAAGACCUUUGAAGUUGGACUGCAGCAAGCUGAGUGUUUGUACGGCGAACUUUUGCAAUGCACGAGAAAAAAGAAUUUGAUAACAGUCUUCAGAAUCCAAGAGCGAGCGGAAGGUGGUGAAAUUCAGGAGCUAGACCAGGUCAUCCUGACAGCAUUAUUUCGUGCUCAGCAUUUGUCGCCAAGCGAGCAGUUAAGUUUGGCUCUGACUUGGAACAGAGUGGAUAUCGCUCGAUCUGAGAUCUUUGUGUAUGGACAGGAAUGGCCACCAGGUGCUCUUGAUGAAGCAAUGAUGCAGGCGCUAGAACACGAUAGAAUAGACUUCGUCAAGCUACUACUAGAAAAUGGCGUCUCAAUGAGAAAAUUUCUUACUAUCCCAAGAUUAGAAGAGCUAUAUAACACCAAGAGCGGUCCAAGCAACACUUUAAGAUACAUUUUGAGAGACGUCAGGCCGCACCUGCCAAGAGGCUAUGUCUACACACUGCACGAUAUUGGCCUAGUUAUAAAUAAAUUAAUGGGUGGCGCCUAUAGAUGCUAUUACACCCGCCGCAAGUUCCGUCCGAUAUACGCGAAGGUGAUGAACAAGAGUGUGAACGUUCACCGUAACAGCGCUUCCUUCACUCGCCACAACGCUGGGGGUUUGUCUCUCAUCACCGGCUUCAUGCCUGUUACAACUGAGAUGGCUCGCUUUGAUUACCCCUUUAAUGAAUUACUUAUGUGGGCGGUACUAACGAAACGGCAUCAAAUGGCUUUGCUUAUGUGGACUCAUGGGGAAGAAGCCCUCGCCAAGUCCCUGGUCGCGUGUAAACUGUACAAGGCAAUGGCACACGAAGCUGCUGAAGACGAUAUGGAGACGGAGGUGUAUGAGGAAUUGAGGCAUUAUGGGAAGGAAUUUGAAACAAAAGCAUUGGAACUGCUAGACUACUGUUACCGUCAGGAUGACGACCAAGCGCAACAACUGCUCACGUGCGAACUCCAGAACUGGUCAGGACAGACAUGUUUGAGUUUAGCAGUAGCGGCUAAUCAUAGAGCCCUCCUCGCCCAUCCCUGCUCACAAAUAAUCCUCGCAGACCUCUGGAUGGGAGGACUGAGGACACGAAAGAACACAAAUCUCAAGGUAAUACUGAGCCUGCUGUGUCCACUCUACAUUCUGCAACUGGAGUUCAAGUCCAAGGAGGAACUACAGCUGAUGCCGCAGACGGAGGAGGAGCAUCUAGAGAAUGAGAGUAUGGAAGACGAUAGGAGCACCAGGGACCCGAACGACGCUGAGGUUGGAGUGGCGAAACGGCGUACUCUUUCCAUAAAGAAGAUAAUACCACCGGGACAACAGUGCAAAGGCACACAGGCGUUGAUUGGCUCAGGGGAAUGCGAAACUCGGGUCGAUCAAAAUGGGAAAGUUGGUAAAAUUGGUUGGGACCCCACGUACAGGGACCUGCCAGAGUACCACGUGCCGGAGGAUAAGAGGAUGAGGCCGUUGAGAUUGAGGAAGAAGAUCUAUGAGUUCUUCACGGCGCCCAUCACCAAGUUUUGGGCGGACUCGAUCGCUUACAUAUUGUUCCUACUGAUGUUCACUUAUACAGUAUUAGUCAAGAUGGACCUAACGCCGUCUUGGCCGGAGAUAUACUCCAUAUGUUAUAUAAUAACGUUUUUAUGUGAGAAGAUUAGAGAAAUUAUUACGUCCGAGCCUGUGGCUAUUAGACAUAAGUUCAGCGUGUGGGCAUGGAACAUGUGGAACACGUACGACGCGGGUUUCAUAAUAUUCUUCCUGGUGGGACUCACGCUGCGCCUGCGCGCCAGCUCGAUGGACGUCGGCCGCGUUAUAUACUGCGUAGAUAUCAUCUACUGGUAUCUACGGAUACUUAAUAUAUUGGGUGUUAAUAAGUAUUUAGGACCUCUAGUCACAAUGAUGGGUAAAAUGGUUAAGAAUAUGAUAUACUUCGUGGUGUUGUUGUUGGUUGUGCUCAUGUCGUUCGGUGUCGCGAGACAGGCGAUAUUGUAUCCGGAUAAGGAAGCUAGUUGGUAUUUAAUUAGAGGGGUGUUCUUCCAACCGUACUUUAUGCUGUACGGUGAAGUAUUUGCUGAACAAAUGGCACCGCCUUGCGGCCUGCCCGGCCUCGAGGAGUGUCGCGUGGGUCACUGGGUACCCCCAGUGGUCAUGAGUAUAUAUUUGUUGAUAGCUAACAUACUGCUCGUCAACCUAUUGAUAGCAGUAUUUAAUAACAUCUUCAUUGAAGUCAACGGAGUGUCGCAUCAGAUAUUCUUCCAACCGUACUUCAUGUUGUAUGGUGAAGUGUUCGCUCCAGAGAUCGACCCACCAUGCGGUUUAGAGAUCGGCGAACCGAAAUGCGUGACCGGACGGUGGAUAACGCCCAUAGCGAUGACGGUGUAUCUCCUGGUCGCAAAUAUACUGCUCAUAAACCUUCUCAUUGCGGUCUUUAAUAACAUAUUUAAUGAAGUCAAUGAAGUCUCGCAUCAGGUAUGGAUGUUCCAAAGAUUCACUGUGGUGAUGGAAUAUGAACAGAAGCCAGUUUUACCGCCGCCAUUAAUAAUAUUUUGCCACAUCUACGCAACGUGCAAGUGGGUGACGAGGAACGUGUCACACAAACGAUUUCAGUACGACAACGGACUAAAGUUGUUCUUAGAGAAGGAGGACAUGGAAAGACUCUAUGAUUUUGAAGAGGAAUGCGUCGAAGGAUAUUUUAGGGAACAAGAAGUCAAGUUAUCGAAUUCAAUAGAAGAGAGAGUGAGGAACACAACAGAUCGAGUGGAACAUAUCACGACCAAGAUGGAGGAUUUGAAUCAGAAAGCCAAUUGCCAGAUACAAUCGAUGCAGAGUGUGGAAUUCAGGCUACGUAAGUUAGAGGAUGUAGCUGAACAGACCAUGAAUCACCUCGCAGUAAUCCAUCGGUUUAUGGCCACCCAUCCGUCUUUGGUCAAUCGUGGAUCUACAGACACCUUGGGCCCUCCACCCCCGACCUUCCAAAGUGGUGGUCCGAGGUUGAGAACGGCUAGUGACAGAUCUGAGGUGCUGUCGGACAGCGAUACGGGGGCGGCGCGCUUCGUGGUGCGCCCCGUGCAGGAGGAGGACGAGCACGCCUCGCAGCCCUCCGAAGAAGAAUUACCCCAUUCGGGACCAGAAGUGGUCGAAAAGGAAGCAGAGGCAGAUUCGAUAUCAACAUCUUCAGCUGGUAGUGCAGCCGGACCAGACGUUACCGUCGUCAGACCUACUGCGCCCGUCACACCCGCUCGACAAAGGUCGUCUGAUAGCAACAGAACUGAGCCUAGUGAUGAAAAGAAAGUUCCAUCGAGCGUUGACGAUGCAUUCUUGCCAGAAGUGCGUGAAAUGCCGUCAGAUUUACAAACCCUACGUCCUCGCACCACAUCAGCCGGCACCAGAAGGACAGCAAAUACGAGACGGAGAUCCGAAGGUGGUAACGAUUGUGGUAUGGGUGGGCAUCACUCUGCGCAACACUUGGCUCCACGGCGACAGCACAGUCAAACGCAUUCUGAGCCAGACAACUCCGCAGUUGACGCCAGUUCCCUACAGAAUUCUGUUACGGGACGACAAUCAGGUUGGGAGGCGACGGGUGGCGCGGCCGGCGUGUCGUCGGGGCGCGCGCGCGUCGGCGCCCCGCGCUCGUUGCUGCUCGCCAUGCACGAGUAUACCAGCAUCACUGAUGAAUUGGAGACCGUGUAUGGUCUGUUCUCUCCACCUCAUACACCUAGAACGCCGAUAGCCACUCGCCUGCUGUCCCCCGGCCGCGCGGCCUCGCCCUCCACGCGGCGGCGGCACGCGAGCGAAAUGUCCAACCCUGAAUUUGCGCUUUUCAUGGAAAAAGAACAUUUGCGGGGAGCUGAGGAAGAUGACUACAUCAUUAUGGAAAAUUUAAUUCAACGCCGCCUAGAAAUGGAGUCUGUCCUGGGCAGAUACGAGGAGGAGGAGGCGGGAGAUGGGGAGGGAGAGGGAGGCAUCAGUGGAGUCAGCAUCAGCGUGUGUGUGAACACGAGCGCCGAGGAUACUCCGCAGACCAAACUGCUCACUGUCAGUGACAGGAGGCUGCCGCAUCAAAGGCACUCUCUACGGAGAUCGUCGGCUAUCGACACCCGCGAGCUGCCCUCGCCGCUACAGCCGCUGUUAGGGGAUGAGGCGUGCGGGGAAGUACUGCUCCCAGUGCCGAGACAGCCUUCUGGCGACACAAACGCGUCGAGCGAGCUCUCCCUGUCGCACAUGGUGAGCGAGAACCUCCCGCCGCGGCCGUCCAUCGUGCUGGACUCGUCGCAGCUGCCGCGCCAGCGCUCGGCCGAGCAGCCACCGCCGCCGCCCGCGCCGCCCGCGCGCCCCGAGACCAUGUGC